AUGGCCGUCAUCCGCAACAUCACGGCUACCCUUUUGGGCGCAGCUGCGGCGAACUUGCUGCCCUUCCUCUUCUUCCAGGCCGGCAUGAGCAGCGUUUCCGCCAAGUGGGCCUGGAUGACCAGCCCACCCAAGUGUGCAUCAGCGGCACCCAGCACAUGGGACUUCGGCGGCAUGGCCAACAUCGCUGCUGGUGCCACGGCAAGCGUCACUUGCAAGAAUGGGGGCACCGCCUCAGUGGCCACCGUCUCUUGUCCCUCCACAAACGAGGCAGCCACCCAGCCCGCCCAGGACCCUGACUGGUGGGGCCCAUGUGGCUUCGGUGACUCCUGCCUUCAGGACAUGAGCAUCGGCAGUGAUGUGACAUGCACAGGGGGCACCUCCACAGAUGCUGGUGGCAGUGUCCGCUUCGCCGUGUCCGGUGCCUCGGCUGUGGUGGGACUGCUGGUGCUCCAGUGA